AUGUACGAUGUGAAGAACGGUGUCAACUUCGUCAGGUACUUGAACACACUGGAGAACAUGGUGCACACCCGAGACGGUCUAAUAAUAGCCGGAACGAAGGAGGUGAUGCGGUUCCGUGGGACACGAAAGCCCAUGUACUUGGUGGUCUACCAGUGGAUGCAUCUUGACGACGUGGAGUGCUUUAAUCGUGAAGUCACUCCAAUCCUAAUUAACUCUGGAUGCGCCUGUUCAACACGAGUCAUCUUUGAAAUGGACGCCUAUUGUCAACCAUUUAGGAGCCAGUCAUUGGGUGACGCCAAAGCCUCGAGCCUUCUUGUUCUCUCUGUGCACAAGCACUCGGCUAUGUUUUAUACCCUAAAGUAUAAUGAAGGUCAUAUGACAGGCAAUCAAUACCGCUUCCCGCGACAGGCGCACUUGACACUUGACUGCUGUAACGAACGCUACAACGACGCUGCACAAAUGGAGGUCAGAGAUGUGAGCAAAAUCUCCAAAGAGGAGGCGAUCGUGACAGGAGACAGCAAUGCUUCCAAUUCAACAGCAUGGGUAGGCUCAAGAGGCAUGUACUGUGGCACCAACUUUAACAUACCGAAAAACACGUCUCAGACGAUGGUGCUGAUCAUCUUCAAUCUGGCGGAGAACUACUACGGCGCCUUUAGAAAUGAAAUGAUCAUAAACUUGCCAAUUUUUAAGGCCUAUGGUAAUGGAGAGUAUCUGGGGCUAUCAAAGUGUGUUCGGUGUGUUGAAGGCUCUUUUCCAAUGAACUCGGGUGUAGCCGCUCUCUGUUUUGACGAUCAUGAGGAGGCGUUGAGGUGUAUGCAAUCCAAGACGCAGAUCCGCGAAGCAAAUUGGAUGGGGAGUCCGGAAAUGUACAUCAUUCCCCUCUGCAAUCCAAUUAGACACAUGGCAGACUAUCCCUUCCUACAGGUGGACUUUUAUGAUGUUAAAAAUGGAGUUAACUUUACGAAGUACAUGAAUACGGUGGAGAAUAUGGUGCAUGACAAAGGCGGUCUGAUUGUUGCCGGGACAACUGAUAUUAUGCGAUUUCGAGGCAUCUGUAGGCCCAUGUAUGUGGUGAUCUACCAGUGGACGACCAUUGACCUCGUGGAGUGCUUCAAUCGAGAAGUGGAGCCGACACUACGCGAGGCCGGAGCUGCGUGUUCAACACGUGUGAUCUUUGAAAUGGAUGCUUUCUCACCGAAGUGCUUGAAUUGA